CAGCAAAAUGUUCCUCUUCAUAUUGUUUCUUGGGGCAUUCUUUCUCCCAAAAACUGAUUCCCUGCAAUGCUAUGAAUGUUCACUGGAUGCCUAUGGGAAAUGCAAUGACAAAAUAGCAGAAUGUCCCUCACAGAAGUCCCAGUGCCUAGCAUCAAGAGUUGUCGCAUAUUACGGAGAAAAUGAGAUUCCUCAAAUGGAAGUCAAAGCUUGCGCCAUGCCUGAAGACUGUAUUGAAGGCUCCAUUAACCUUGGAAAAAUCAAAAGCGUACAAAUGACCUCAUGCUGCACUACAAAGCUCUGUAACAACAAAUUUCCAGACUAUAAAUCCACUCCAAAUGGCAAAAAGUGCUUCAGCUGCGAGGGAGAGGAUUGCACCCAGACUGUUAAUUGUCAAGGGGAGGAAAACCACUGCAUGAAACUGACAGCAAAUGCAGCAGGAGUUAGUGCUACGAUGAAGGGCUGUGCCUCCAACCUUAUGUAUUCAGCCCGGUCAUUUGAGGUGGAGGUGUGGAACCCUGGCUUCGUCUGCAGAAGUAGAGGUCUGUUCUAUAGCCUGGUUAGCUGA